CGCACUACUGUAGGUCGUACGUUCUACACUACGUCUGUGGUUGAAUGAAAUGGAACCCAAGCGUCCCAGCAUCCUGAUCACGUUGUUUCCAUUAAGAUUUUUCUCCUAGAAAAACUACUCUUGAACGAUUCAAUCGAACGAUCAAGUUCGAACUUCAAUCGAAUUUCAAGUUCUGCUUUUUCAACAUAUAAUUUUUUAAUAAGUUUAUGAGGAAAGUGUAACGAUGCUUCAAGAAUUUUUUCAUUAUGUGUGAGCUCUGUGUUUAGUGGGUGCGCGGGAUUUUUAAGUCAGAAAUCAAAGAAUCUUGCAGAUAUUACCAUGAAGUCUGCUAAAAGUAUGGGAGCUGGUUCAUUAUGGGGAGAAUUACCAGCAAGAGAAACUCUCAAGCAGGAAAUAAUCACUCCAGAUAUUAUAGAAAAUAUUUGGAGACAAGUUAUGGAAGAAUCAAAUAACACAGAUUGUGAUUAUCAGAUGGACAGGCAACCUGAUUAUAUACAAUUACCUAUGGGAAACCUUCAUGUGUUAAAUACUAUAAAUUUUCAUCAACAGCUACGAAUGAUGGAGGAAGGAAUGGUACUUGGAAACAUGACCACAAUUGAAGCACAAGACUUACGAGAUGUGAAAGAGACACAGAAUUCGUUUCAUUUUUUACCUGUACAUAAAGAAAGAAGCGCUUUUAAAGAUUCAUCUACAGUACAUUACCUCACGUCAGAAACAACACGAGCCAUAUUGAGGCAUGCUGUUAUUGUUCUUCUGGCUCAUAUUGGAUUUGAAAAGUCAUCGGACACAGCUAUAGAAACACUCACAGAUAUCGCUGAUCAUUUUUUGAGGAGAAUGACUCUUUUAAUGAAAGUGACAUGCGAGCAGAAGGAUCAUGAAUUUCAUGAUAUAGUGGAAAGGGUUUUAUUGGAAACAGGCGUUGGUGGGAUAGCUGCACUUCACGACUACUAUCAAGAAUAUGUCUUAAAGUUUGAAGAGAAUAUGAGAAAAAAGGCCGAAACAAUGAUGGAAAAACAGAGGAUGGUUUUAGAUGAAGCAGCAAACAAACUGCAGUUCGAAGAACUCGAUGAAUUUGGUAAUGUUUACCGAGAGGUUCCAACUCUUCAAUUACUAGAUCCUGAAAUGGGCUUUCCUCCCAGUCUUGAUGCUGGCUUUCAGAUGUUAUAUAGUUUAGAGCAAGAUGAAUUAAACAGUCUGGAAGUGGACGAGGAAGAGGUAAAUGUGAGUGAUUCUCCAAAUAUGGGACAACGAUCUGAUGCAUCAACAGAUAAAAAGAAGUCUUGAUGUACACGAUAAUUGUAUGAUAAUUGUAUGAUAAUUGUAACAUUAAUAAUUUUAUGUUAUCUAAGAAAUUAAGAAUUUAAUUAAUGUUUUUUAACAUUAGAA